GUGGUCGUAGGAAAUUUCUGGUUGAAGUUCAGGUCUGGUUAACUAGCUCUUGACACAUGACAUUUAUUAAAAACAUUAAUCUUUUGAAAACAUCUCCUAAAGUUUGGAUUAUUAAUAUCAAUUUCUCCUAAAUUUUUUUAAAAGGUUUGUUUUGGCAUAUAUUUUUUUUUUUGGUGCACUUGUUUUUGCAUUAUUAAUAUCAUGUAUACAAAUGUUUUCCAAUGUUUUUUUGGGCUAUUGGACAUCGAAUUUGAUCAAUUUUUAGGCUUGGUCUCCUUGAGGGUGUGUUUUGGUCCAAAACAAAAGCGUCUUUAUUUAUUUUUUAAGUCGGCUCUUGCCAGUAUAAAUAGCAGAGAUUUUUCUUUAUAUCCCUCCAAAUUAGCAGAAUUCUCAAAUCGAAAAACGUAAAAAUGGCGGAAAACCAAAAAACUGUGGAAAAAUCAAUGGCCUCAUUGACAAUCUCUUCUCCUCCUCAAGAUCCGAUUGAUGGGAGUGAGCCCUACAGCGCGGAACGCUUUGAUGUUGAUGCAGGGUUUGAGACUUUUUUUGCGAUGUGUGAGAAGUUGAAGUCGACGGUCUUUUAUCCAGUUACCAUUCCCGUGAUGGGUACUCAAAUCCCAGGCACCGACUGUUUCAGGCACAACACUGUUCAGGGUCGUCGUGAUAAGAUGGUUGAUUUUUAUCCCGUGACUUUGGCAUACUUCAACAAAAAAUAUAACACAGAUUAUGAGUAUGUGGAUUGUGUUGAUCUGAUCGCUUCUGGAGUGGUACGCUUGUCAUUGCAACUUCACUGCCAAACCUGAAUCAGCGCCUUUCAAGCCUCGUGAUUUUUCCACCAAACUUUUCUUUGCGGAAUUCAUGUAUACACCUGUUGCAAAAUCGUCCCUCACUUUUUGCAGUAUGCUAGACGGUGCUGAAGCUGCAUGCGAAGGCGACUGCUCGAUAUGCCCUGAAGGGUUUAUUACUCAUCCGGCAUCUUUCAAAAGUGGCUUAAAAAAGUCCUUGAUGUGAGCAUGAUGUACAAGAAUGUGGGUUGCUGGCAUCUAAUAUCAUUAGCAACUAGUGUGGAAUUUGAAGUUCAUAUGGAGUAGUAUAAAUAUUUGUGUAGGAGACGCUAGGCACAACUUUUUCAUGGAAUUUGAAUUUAAUAUGUAGUAUAAAUAUUUGUAUAAACUAGAUUCUAUGUAUGAGAAGUAUGCAGACUUGGUUCAUAAGAGUUGCAAAAGUGUCUUCAUGUCA